AUUAAUUAAUGACAUUUCUUUGGGCUGACAUACCAUUUGAAUGGACCUGUAUUUCAUUAAGAUAUCAUAAUGAUAUGUUUUGGUAAAAGAUCUCAUCAUGUUAGGUAUAUAUGGAGCAUUAUCUAAAUGAUUCCAGUCUUUGCAGCAGGGUUCUAUCAAUUGUACAAACAUCAAACAACCCCAGAUUAUUAUCAUAAAAUCAAGAAAGGCGCUUGGGAUCAGUUUAUUGUCAUGUUUUUUGUAUUCAAAAACUAUACUAUAAGGCUGCUCCUGUCCCAUUCUAUUAUUUAAUUGAUCUCACAAUUUCUAUUGUGGAGGGAACCUUUUUUGAACCUUGCAGAUUCUGGCUUUGGUUUCAUCAUAUGGUAAACCAUUUAUUCUAAAAUCUAAGGUUUCCAUGGUUGUUAUCCCUCCUUUAAUCCUUAGAAAUGAAUAUGAAUGGUAAGACACAUUGAUCAUGGCUACCCAUACCUUAUUGAUGAAGUUUCCCUUCAUCUUCUUAUUUAAUAUAUUAUAUGUUGGACUUGUCUUUUAUUACAAUAUUUUGCUCUAUUUCAGGUAUGUUUCUAUUACUAAUCAAGUCCUUUGAAUAAAAAAUGGGUCAAUAGAUUCUUGGGUAAAUUUUUCCCAUUCAUCUAUUAUAGCUUUAUUGUACUCCUUGUUCAUGAUUGCAAUAAUGCCUUACCAUUCCUAUAUUGAUUUAUCAUUAAAAUACAUAUAUCUUUUACAAUAAUAUUAUGAAUAAUUAAUAUAUAAUUUUCUUUAAAUUCAUUAUAAAAUGGGUUGCGCCCAAACCAGAUAAUAUGAAAAGAGUGCUAUGAUAACUUGCGAAAUCAAAUAUUUAAUUCCUGAAUUAACUCAAGCAAUCAAAUUAGCAUAAUAAUGUCUCUAUUCUCCCUAAUCUCCAAUCAUAGUAAUUACUUUUUUCAAUUUUAGCUCACUCCCAUCAAAUUAAUAAAUGGAUUAUAUUGUAAAAUCGAAAGUACAUUACCAUCAGGUUCAGUUAAAAUGAGAGCCAUCUAUAAUAUGCUUUAUAGAUUGUAACAGAAAAAACGGCAUAGAGGUGAAGAUCAAUUAAAUUUAGUUAUUUGUUCUUCUGGAAAUGCAGCUACUGCUUGUAUAGAAAGUUUGAAAUUAUUAAAAUCAGAAGAUUAGCAGAAUCAAAAAUAAAAGAUUAUUACAAAUGAUAUUUGUCAUGAUGAUACACCUACUGAUCCAGGAUUGUCUGUAGAAAUUAAAGAUUCACAAUUCUAAUCCAAAAUAAAACCAUAUGAAUUAAAUGGGAAAUUGAUAAUCUUCUCUAAAUAUGUAAAAGAAAUUCAUUAUACUAAUGAUUUACCAAAUGUUACAAUUAUACAUUCUGAAUUAAAUAAAAAUGAAAUAGAAGAUGAAGCUAUUAAAUAUAGUGAAGAAAUGGGAUACGAUUAUUUAGAUUUACAAAAUGAUUUUCAUGUUUUUGGAGGAUAUGCUACUAUUGGAUUUGAAAUAGAUUAAUGGCAAACUUUAACAAAUACAAAAAUAGAUUCAAUUUUUGUUACUUUAAAAAGUGGUGCUUUGAUUGCUGGAAUAGCUUUCUAUAUAAAAUAUUUAGCAUAAAAUAAAACUCGCAUGAUAGGAGUAAUGUUAAGGGGAUCAAUUAGAAAAGGUGUAACGUUAUGUUAAUAAAUCAUUGAAGGAUUUAUUGAUGAGAUUGUUUAUGUAAGUGUUGAAGAAGUGGAAAAGGCAUAAUGUGAAUUAGCAAAAGCUGAAUAAAUUGCUGAAUUCAAUUGUGCAAUAGCUUAUGCAGGAUGCAAGAAAAGUUCAAUUAAAAAUAGCCUAGUUGUACUCUCUGGAGGAAAUGUGGCAGCUAAUGACUUAAAGAGAUUAAUAAAAUAAUAUGAAUGA